AUGUUAAAUUUAUAAACCGUAUUAAGAGGAUUUGAAGAAAAUGGAUUAAAAUAGGAAAGUCUGUAUAAAGCAGAUGAAAUUUUGGCAAAAUUAGAUAUGAUGGGCAAGAAGGAAUUUGAUCGAGAAAUUGCAGAAUAAUUAUUUUAACAAUGCAAACCGACUUAAUUAAAUUUGAAAUUAGUUUUUAGGCUUGUAGACAUCAGUUAAACAAUAAUAGAUGCAACAUAGCUUUUAGGAGAAAAAAUAAAGAAUGCAGAAUUAUAAUUAAAAUAAAUUUAAUAAAAUAAAGCAAUUUGCGAAAGCCAAUUGGCAGAAACAUGUUUGUUAUAAAUCUAUAAUUAGCUGUUUAUUCUGAUACUAGAUAUUUAUUUUUGACAUUAUUAUGUGUAAAAAACAUCCCUUUAAAUUUGAAAUAUACUAAUUGUCAUGUAUAAUUAACUUUAGGGGUUAUAAAUUAAAUUGCUAAACCUGAAGCAUAAUAUGAUAAAGUAAAUCCAGAAUUUUAUUAAGAUUUUGAAUUGUAAUUAUAGCAUUAUUCAAGGCUAAAUAUAGUUCUGUUCCCCCUUUAAUUUCUACUCUUUAGAUUUCAUUUUACAUCAGAACUGAAAAUACUUUACCAACUCUAUGGGGUUAAGCAUAAUUAAAAAUUUAAUAAUUAGAUGAUUAAGUGAUUAAAUAAGUUAUGCUUUAAUUAUAAGAUCCAGUUGGUAGAAUGCUUGGGUCAUCUGUUGAAAUGGAAGCACAAAUUGUUUUAAAUAAGGUAAUUUUAGAAUCUGCUAUUAGAAAACAGCAUCAAUAUUUAUAGACACAACUAUAAAAAUUUGAAUAGAAAAUAUUUACUUUAGAUAAUGAUUUAAUAGAAUAUAAACACAAUUUAGAAAUAAUUGAGAAACCAUUUAAAGCUAAGUAAUAAUCAAAAGAAUUAAACAACAAGUAAUUUUCAUCAAAUAUUUUUAAUUAAUAAUUACAUACAUCUUAAAAUUAAUAAUAAGAUUAAAAUAUUAAUGAGUUAGAUUAAUAAUUAAAUUAAUUAAAUACACCCUAAGAAUAAAAAGAAUAAAUAUUGUCAAUUCUUUCAUCUGAAAAAUAAUUGGAAAUUUAAGAUUAAACUCCAGAAGCUCCUGAAAUUCUCUAACAUGGUGUAAUUAUUUUCACAAUUUAUGGUUUGAUAACAUUAUUUGUGUGUUCUGCAAAGCCUUCAUUUUUAGAUGUAAAAUUAAAACUUUAUUUUAAAAAGGUAUUAGUAUGUCAUGGAUUGAUGUUUACUAUAUUAAUGGAUAGAUUUGAACCUUUUCAUAUAAAGGUAGUAGGAAUAGGACUUCUUGCUUCAAUUUUAUAUGAUAUUUUAUGGAUGAAGCAAUAUCAUGUAGUGAAAUAUUAUAAGCUAGUUAUGGUGGUAUAGUGAUGAUCAAAACAAUCCAGAAUGGGGAUUGAAUGCUGUUAAUUUAUUAAGGUUUGUUUUAAUCUUUACCUAUAUGUAAUUCUUAUACAAAGUAUUUUACUUAAAUUAUUAGUAGUUUGUUGUAUGUUAUUAUUUAUAUUAAUUUCAUAGAGAAUCCAUAGAUCCUACUAAAAGAUAUGUUUUUACAAUUUGGAAAAUAUAAUAUAAAGUUGGCAAAAGUAGAGAAAGUGUUUCUUGGCAAUGA